GCCUGAUUGGCUGCGGCCGGUUUCUGUAAGUGGAGUUGCGCAUGCGCGCUCCGUGAGGCGAAUCUGGUGGCGAGGGAAGUUAGCCCUGAAGCAGACCACCUUCAUUUCCACCGCGCUUAUUUCCCUGGAGUCCGAAAUGUUCCCGGAACUCAAUAACCUUCUCAACACCACUCCUGAUAAGGCGGAACAGGGGAAACUGACUCUACUCUGUGAUGCCAAGACAGAUGGCAGUUUCCUUGUGCACCACUUUCUUUCUUUCUACCUCAAAGCUAAUUGUAAAGUCUGCUUUGUGGCCCUCGUCCAGUCCUUCAGUCACUACAACAUCGUGGGACAGAAGCUAGGAUGGAACUCAGGACCUUGUGCUUUCGAGGCAGGCGUCGGAACCACUGAGCUAAAUCCCUGGCCCUGGCCGCUUUUUCUUUCUCCUUUGGGUCAUCACCACCCCAGGAACAGCACAUUGGCGUGUGAAGCUCAGGCGUGGGCAUCUGUGCUCCUGGCUCGUUACUGCGCUCACAUGAGGAGGCUGGGUGGCAUCAGCCUGACCGUGGCACGGGAACGUGGGCAGCUCGUGUUCCUAGAGGCACUCAAGUCCUCCGUGGACAUCUUCUUCCAGACACCUUCGGAGCCACAGCCCCUGCAGUUUCUCAGGGAGGCCAGUGCUGGGGACCUGCGGCCACUGUAUGCCUUUGUGCGGGAGGCCCUGAAGCCUGGGGAUGACGAGGAGGCAUCGUGGAGGCCCCCGGUGCUGCUGGUGGAUGACCUGAGCGUGCUGCUGAGCCUGGGCAUGGGGGCUGUGGCAGUGCUGGACUUCAUCCACUACUGCAGGGCCACUGUGUGCGCGGAGCUGAAGGGAAACAUCGUGGCCCUUGUGCAUGACAGGGGAGACGCCGAGGAUGAGGAGAAUGACCUCCUGCUGAGCGGCCUCAGCCAUCAGAGCCACCUGAUCCUGCGGGCCGAGGGCCUGGCCACCGGGUUCUGCAAGGAUGUGCACGGGCAGCUCAGGAUCCUCUGGAGGAGGCCGUCGAAGCCCACAGCCCAGCGGGAUCCGAGCCUCACCUACCAGUACAAGAUACAGGACAAGACUGCAUCCUUUUUUGCCAAAGGCCUUUCUCCUGCUGUUCUGUGACCAGAUUUGGGGGCCACGGAAACCAGGAUGGACGCUCAGUGGGUGUGGACAAUAGGGCUAAGUGGGAACGAGCCUUGUGUCUGGGUAGCAGCAUUUCAGGCCAGACCACAGCUCCAUGUGACCAGCAAACGGUGCAUAGUGGUUGGUGUGCUCUGUGCCUGGGCCAUGGUUGGGAGGCAGGGAGGAGUCUGUGGCCCUGACCCCGCUGAGAGGGCCUGGGUGGUGGGGCCCAAGCAGGGGUGUACGUGUCCUGACAGCAGCUGAGGAGGCCGCGCAGGUGUGAACCCCCCACCAGUUCCAUGAUGCACAGCCCUGCUGGCCAUCAAGGGCCUGGCAUGGGCCUUGGUCACGUAGGCCUGUGUCGGGCACUUUGAAACAGGUGCUUUGUUUCUGUGUAUGAAUUAUAUCACAGUGAAUUUUAUCUUAAAAAUAAAUACAAUGGGGCUGGGGACUUAGUGGUUCCGGUGCCUGCCUCAAAAGCACAAGGUCCUGAGUUCAAUCCCUGGUACCACACACACAAAAUAAAUAAAUACAUACAUACAUGCAUACAAUGAAAAAAUAACUUUGUAAUGUACUAAUGAGCUUUUUUAGCCUUUUUUUGAGACAUGGUCUUGCUAAGUUGCUGCGAUGUCCAGGCUAGGCUUGAAUUUGGGAUUCCCCUGCCACAGCCUCCAGCAUGCUGGAUUACUUGUGGGCACAUGAUGCCCAGCUUUUACUUCGAAAUUCUUCAUGCUUUUUUUCAUUGUUAGGUCAGUCAGGGUCAAGUAAAAUUUUGAGAGUAAAUUA